GUGUUUUGCGAGAGGGAAAACUCUUUAGAGAGAUCCAAAACCUCUCAGAAACCAACAGCCAACUCAGGAAUAAAGUGGAGGAGAUGGAGAGAUGGUGUAAGUCGCAACAACACCAGAUUUUUGAGCUCAAGCAGGAAAUGACCAACAGUACAGCUGAGCUCAAGCUACGACUAGCUCAGGCAGAAGACCGUCUGGAAACAGAGAAACGAAGGUCCAAGCAAGCCCUGAGGGACAUGGACAGUCUCCGACAGAAACAGGUGGAGCAUGUGAAUUGUCAUCUAGAGGAGAGUGAGAGAGCUCUGCAAGAACGCAUCUUCAAACUGGAGGGACAGCGGAUACAACUGGAGGAGGAGCUGAGUAAAGCUAAAGCAGUGUGUGUGACAGAGAGGGCCCAGGCAAAGGACGAGUUGGGAAGAAUGCGAGCUCAAGUGCGUUUGGAAGAGCAGGAACAUGUGGCAUCCCUACAAGAGAAGCAUCGCUCUGUGCAUUCCUCCCUGCAGGAGGUCCAGCUCCACUGCUCCCAGCAGAAGCAAACCAUCUCUGAGCUGCAGGCCAAGACCAGCCAACAGAGCAUCGAGGUGGAUGGACUGCGGCGCAGGAUAGAGGAGCUCCAGCAGGAGCUGGCAGGUAAGGACCAGGAGAAGGUGGCUGAGGUGAGCCAGGUCAGGGUGGAGCUGCAGGAGCAAAUUGGACAUUUGCAGGCAGAGAGGACAGUACAUAGAGGACUCAAAGAGAAGAUCUGUGCUUUGGAGAGAGAGAUUAAAGUUUUAAGCAGUAACCACAGAGAGGUGCUCCUUGACAAAGACAGUGAGAUGUCUUCCAUAUUGGAGAAGCUGCGGUUGAAGGAGGCAGAUAUCCGGAGGAUCAGGGAGGACGAGACAAACAGAGCAAGCUACCUGCAGAGUGCCAUCCUCACCUACGUUCAGGGCUCGACUCUGAGACACUGCAGCAGCUCCAAGAAAUGACACACAUAACUCAAUACCUCAACUGUGUUCUCUAAGCCCUCACUGGGAUGAUGCCCUGAAUUUGCAAUGUUUUAAUAGUGAUGAUACAUGAGUUAAGGCGCUGCUCAGUGGGACUUGUCCACAACAAAAUGUACAUAUACAGCCAAGAAAUUAAGGUCUUUAAUAGUCUUACUUAUAACUGGUGAAACUUUUGUGUCCUGUUUUGCGCCUCAUCAAUUCUUAAGAUUGAACUGUUAUUGCUACAUUCCACUAAUAGCCUCCAUCCUUAAAGGGAUAGUUCACUGAAAAAUGAAAAUUAAUUCAUUAUCUACUCACCACUAUAUCGAUGGAUCACUGUUUUUGGUAGAAAUUAUAUUUCCACAUGGCAAAUAAUUUACUAGUAGGUGUAGUAGAGUAAUAGAAAACCAACAGACCCAACAGUCAUGACAUGCAGGCUGCUGAUUCUGUGUAAUUCAAUCAUUAAUUUAAAGGGGUGUGUUCAAAAUAAUAGUAGUGUGGAGUUCAAUGAGUGAGGUCAUUCAUUCUGUGAAAAAACAGGUGUCAAAUAGGUAGUCUCAUUUAAGGACGAAGGCAGCAAAUGUUGUACAUGCUGGUUAUAGUGCAUUUCUCUCUGAAAAUUGGAGUAAACUGGGUUGGUCCAGCCAUUGUUCAGAAGAACAGUGUACUUUGAUUAAAAAGUAUAAAGAAGUGCAGAAAAUUAUAGGCUGCUCAGCUAAAAUGAUCUCAAAUGCUUUAAAAUGGCAACCAAAAUCAGAAAGAUGUGGAAGAAAACGCAAAACUACCAUUCAAAUGGAUCGAAGAAUAGCCAAAAUGGCAAAGACUCAGCCAAUGAUCAGCUCCAGGAUGAUCAAAAAGGUCUAAAGUUACCUGUAAGUACUGUAACAAUUAGAAGAUGCCUAUGUGAAGCCAAGCUAUCGGCAAGAAGCCUCCACAAAGUUCCAUUGUUGAAAAAUGUGCUGAAGAGGUUACAAUUUUCCAAAGAACACAGUGACUGGCCUAAAGGGAAAUGGCGCAACAUUUUUUGGACUGAUGAAAGCAAGAUUGUUCUUUUUGGGUCUAGGGGCCGCAGACAGUUUGUCAGAUGAUCCCCAAACACUGAAUUCAAGCCACAGUACACGACAGUACAAGACAGUGAAGCAUGGUGGUGCAAGCAUCAUGAUAUGACAGGUCUAUUUAUCACAUACCAGGGAUCAUGGAUCAGUUUGAAUACAUAAAAAUACUUGAAAAGGUCAUGUUGCCUUAUGCUGAGGAGGAGAUGUCGAGAUGUCCUUGAAAUGGGUGUUUCAAUAAGACAAUGACCCCAAACACACCAGUAAGCAAGCAGCAUCUUGGUUCCAGACCAACAAGAUUAACUUUAUAGAGUGGCCAGCCCAAUCCCCGGACCUUAAUCCAAUACAAAACUUGUGGAGUGACAUUAAAAAUGCUGUUUCUGAAGCGAAACCAACAAAUGCAGAGGAAUUGUGGAAUGUAGUCCAAUCGUCCUGGGCUGGAAUACCUAUUCACAGGUGCCAGAAGUUGGUUGACUCCAUGCAACACAGAUGUGAAGCAUUUCUCAGAAACAGUGGUUAUACAACUAAAUAUUAGUUCAGUGAUUGACAGGAAAGCUAAAUCUUCAAGCAUUUUUCAGUUUGUACAGUAAAUGUUUGAGUUUUUAAAGAAAAAUCCACAGCUAUUUUUUUCAACAGCCUAGUAUUCCUUUUUCUUCACUUUCUGUAAAGUAAUAACAAAUUUGAUAAAUGUUUCUUCAUGUUUUGAUUUGGAAUAGAAUGUGCAUUGUUCCCAAUGCAUUUGUGUGUAUGGAAAUAAAAGCUAUUAUAAGGAUUUUGAGCUGUACUCACACACGCUAUUAUUUUGAACACAACUGUAUGUAAACUCAGGGGUAAACAUUGUUGCAGCCAAAUCCAAUACAAUUGAAGUAAUUGGUGAUCAAUUUUUCAAAUGUAAAUAGAC